UUUGCUUUGUUUUUAUUUAUGUUCACAAAUCUUUCAAAACGGUUCAAAAGUUUAUCGCAAAAGAUUGCAAGCAAUGUGUUAGAUUAAUAUUAAAUUUAUUAAUAUUUUUUAAUUUGAUCGAAUAGUUUCGAAAUAUGUGUAAAUAGAUAAUAGAAUAAUAAGAAAUUUGACCUAUAGGAUUGCAUUUCACCAUUCUCCACAGAAAACAUUUCUGCGCCCAUUCCAUUAAGUUUCUUUGUUCCUGCUAACAUUCCGAUAGAAUUCAAACAAAUGAAACAUUCCUACGUUUGCAAUCUAAGUGAAUCAUGCUAUGAGCAUGCCGAAAAGAACCUCGGUGAAACAACAAUUGCGAGAAAUGAAGGGCUUACGACACUGAUUCAAUGGAUAGAGACGGAACAACCAACCCUCCGGAUGCAUACAGAUCUUAAAUAUUUGAUAUAUUUCCUACGCACUACCAAAUACGAUGUGGAAAAGGCCAAGAAAAAAAUGUUGAUGUAUUACAGAAUCAGAUCAACGCGUAUCGAAUGGUUCCAAAACAGGGAUCCCUUUCUACCAGAAAUUCAGGAACUACUCGAUAUCGGCGUUUUCCUGCCACUAAGACAGAAAGACAUUCAUAAUCGUCAGGUCGUGAUCAUACGAACUGCGGCACAUAAUCCAAAAUACCACUCGCAGGACAAUGUAUUCAAGGUGGACAAAAUGGUGCUAGAUUUGCUGCUUCAUCUGGACGAAACAAUCUCCAUCUACGGAAUUGUCGCAGUAUUCGACAUGAAAAACGUUACGCUGAAUCAUGCAUUGCAAUUGCCGCCAUCGCUAGUAAAACGAACGGUUGAGAGCUGGGAAAAUUAUCCUUGUCGACCCCAACUAUUGGAGUUUGUAAAUGCUCCAAUUCACGUGAACUUCGUAUUGAAUGUAUUCAGGAGUUUCAUGAGCACCAAAAUGAAAUCACGUGUGAAAGUUUCGAGGCGAGGAACUCACGUUGGCUCUUUGGUAAACUUACCCCUCGAAUUAGGAGGAACCGGGGAUACAUAUCACGAUCUCACUGUGUACUGGAAAAGGAAAAUGCAAGAGCAUGCUUUUUGGUUUGCAGAAGCCGAAAGAAAUGAAAUGCUAUCAUCGUGACAAACGCUCGUUGUAAAUACAAUUGAAUUAUUAAUCAAUAAACUUGUGAAGGUA